UCACUGCCGCUUUAAGAAAACGGAGGCGCCGACGGUUCAGAAGUUGACGUACGGACGCAGGCUGCGUGCUGUAGAGAGUGGGCAGGAAGAGAGCGCGGUGGAUAACUCAACAAACGCAGGAGACAUAGAACAAGGACUGGGAUUUAGCGGGGCUCGACAUGAUACAUUUCUAAUGCUGGUUCACGGUCGAAAGCUCUCCUUUUCUCACCCCCGUAGUGGACGACCACGCCCCGAGGAACCCGCGGUUUCAAAACGAAAACUGCAAACACCGGAGAGGCAUAACAUCAUAGCUGCCUGCGCUUUGAAACACUGCAGGGCGGGGAGAGCAUUCUAAAGGAAGGAGAGGGAGAGAGAGGGGGGACUGUCUCGGAACCAUGAGAGAAUACAAAGUAGUCGUUCUGGGAUCCGGUGGGGUUGGCAAAUCCGCUUUGACUGUCCAGUUUGUGACGGGGUCCUUCAUAGAGAAAUACGAUCCCACGAUAGAGGAUUUCUACCGAAAAGAGAUUGAGGUAGACUCCUCGCCCUCUGUGCUGGAAAUCCUAGACACUGCGGGAACGGAGCAGUUUGCGUCCAUGCGAGAUCUCUACAUCAAGAACGGGCAAGGAUUUAUUCUCGUCUACAGCUUGGUCAACCAACAGAGCUUCCAAGAUAUCAAACCCAUGAGGGAUCAGAUCAUUCGGGUGAAACGGUACGAGAGAGUGCCGAUGAUACUGGUCGGGAACAAGGUGGACUUGGAGGGCGAGAGGGAAGUGUCGUCCGGGGAGGGGAAGGCUCUGGCUGACGAGUGGAACUGCCCGUUUAUGGAAACUUCAGCCAAAAAUAAGAUCUCGGUUGACGAACUGUUUGCCGAGAUUGUCCGACAAAUGAACUACUCCUCCACGCCGAACGGAGACGACCAGUGUUGCUCAUCCUGCGUCAUUCUUUAAAGAAGAGACUCGUUAUAUAUAUUUUAAUUUAGCUCGAUUUAAGUUAGCAGUGGUGUGUGUGUUGUGUUACAGGAAGUGUACAGUUCUCUGUGGCUCCUUGGACAGGAAGGAGGGGAGGAAUGCUGUGGUGGGUGGAGGACGAAGGGCGCAGUGGAGGAGG